AUGAGUAUCAUUCGAUUCAGUAUCGUAGCUGCCAUGACCACAAAGAGGGGCAUUGGGCUCAACGGGGGACUUCCUUGGAGAAUAAAGCAAGACAUGAAGUUCUUCGUGGAUCUAACGACAACUACGACUGAUUCUGAAAAGCAGAAUGCCGUCAUCAUUGGGAAAAACACCUACUUUUCUUUUCCAGAGAAGUUCCGCCCUCUGAAGAACCGAAUCAACUUUAUUAUUUCUCAUGACAAGGAGUUAAGAGAAAAGCACAAUAUUCCCGAUUCUGUGUAUAUCUGCUCUUCUGUGGAUGAGGCUCUGAUCUUGAUGCAAGAGGAGGAACUAAAGCGAAAGAUCGAAAACAUCUUCGUGAUAGGUGGAGGCCAAAUCUACAAAAAGGCCAUCAAUCUUCCCGAAUGUGAAAAGCUGUAUCUCACAGAAGUGGACGCAGACAUUUCUUGCGAUACCUUCUUCCCUGAAAUCCCUCUAGCGUAUAAAAAAACUAAAGAAUCGGAAACAUUCGAAGAAAACAACUUCAAAUUCCGCUUCGCCGAGUAUACACGUCUGCCCAUGACCUUUUUGCCCCCCUACCGGACCUCUCUCCAAGAACACGAAGAACUCCAAUACCUGAAUUUGAUUCGCUACAUUCUGGAUCACGGAGCUCUUCGAACUGAUCGCACCAACACUGGAACGAGAAGCGUUUUCGGCACGCAGAUGCGAUUUUUGCUGGCAAACGGCGUGAUUCCGCUGCUGACGACGAAGAAAGUGUUUUGGCGGGGAAUCGUGGAGGAGUUGCUGUGGUUUAUCCGCGGUUGCACGGAUGGCCGCGUUCUGAAAGAGAAAAACAUCCACAUUUGGGACGGAAAUGGCACGCGAUCGUUUUUAGAUAGCGUGGGACUCACACAAAACGAAGAAGACGAUUUAGGCCCGAUUUAUGGAUUCCAAUGGCGGCAUUUUGGCGCGGCUUACGAAGGCAGAGACAAGGAUUACUCGAAUCAAGGCGUGGAUCAGCUGAAAGAAGUGAUUCAUUUGCUGAAAACCGAUCCGUAUAACCGACGAAUCAUUUUAUCGGCAUGGAAUCCGGCGGAUUUGAGGAAGAUGGCGUUGCCUCCAUGUCACGUGAUGUCCCAAUUCUAUGUGCAGAAUGGGUACUUAUCGUGCCAGAUGUACCAGAGAUCGGCGGAUAUGGGUCUUGGCGUUCCAUUCAACAUCGCAUCGUAUUCGCUGUUAACGAUUUUAUUGGCGCAUAUCACCGGAUUGAAGCCGGGAGAAUUCGUGCAUUCGAUUGGCGAUACGCACGUGUAUGUGAAUCAUGAGGAAGCGUUACUGCAGCAGAUCGAGCGAGAGCCGCGUCCGUUCCCGACUUUGCGGAUUACAAAGCAGAGCGAGAAUAUUGAGGAAUACACGUUCGCAGACUUUGAGUUGGUGGGAUACAAUCCACAUGAGACGUUGAAGAUGAAAAUGGCGAUUUGGAGUGUUUGUUUAAAUCAGUGGUUCAUUUGA